AGUGCAUGGCACGUAUUUGAUGCCAGUUUAGUUUUUAUAGGUUGGCUUAUGCUGAUUUGAAGGGUCCAAUUGGGCUACAGUGAAUUCUGACACUAUCUUUUCAGAAAUUGGUGGCAGUUUAUAUAAAGGAAGCACUGGGACUUGUGGCCACACCCUUCAAGAAUAAAAAAAAAAAAAUAGAAAAUGGAACAACCAUGUAUGUUAUGUGAGGAAGAACAAGAGCCAGAACCACGGAAGAGUGUAGAAGAAACCAAACAAGUAGAUGAUGAAGAUGCUGAGCUGAUCUUUGUUGGGGUGGAACAUGUAAAUGAAGAUGCUGAGCUGAUCUUUGUUGGAGUGACUUCAAAAUCAAAACCAGUCGUUUCAAACAUUUUGAACAGAGUCACCCCAGGUUCAUGUUCAAGGAGAAAAAAGUAUGGUCACCUUAGAAAAGAUACUGCUCAGAAGUUGCAGCCUAUAAGUCAGGUAACCCCUACAUCAGAAGUAACUGUCUUGCCACUUUCAGAAUCUGAAUCAAGAUCAACAGAUAGUCCUAUAAUUAUUGAGCCUUUGUCUAAACCUAAUUAUAAAAAUAAUUCACCACAAGUUGUGCCUCAUAGCUCUUCAGAGUUAUGUUCUGCUUUGAACACAUUCACAAGUUCAUUGCAGCAUCCAGUAGGAACAGCACUUUCUGUAGGAGGUAUGAAGAAAAAUCUUUGUGUGUCAAAGCGACAUUCCACCUCUGAAGUAAACAGCGUAAAUUCCAAAAGGCCUAAACUCAGUGAUGGAAUCAUCCGGGGACAUUCUUCAGCUUUGUCCCCUUCAGGUAUCUUUCAUACAAUGACUACUCAGCAAAGCACACCCUCAAACGGUGUUCAUACCUCAUUAAGCUAUGUUCAGAAUGGAGCACCUUUUCCAACAGCUUUUCCAAAGGACAGUGUCCAUUUCAAGCCUAUAAAUCCUGUUAGGGAAGAUAGACUGGAAGAAAAAGAUUUUGUGAGUCUAGCAAGUGAAAACAAGACUGUUGAUCCCAAGAAAGGAAAUCUGAUCGUGUUACUUCAUGACUUUUACUACGGACAGCAUGAAGGAGACGGGCAGCCAGAACAGAAGACGCACACAACCUUUAAAUGCCUCAGCUGCUUGAAAGUUCUAAAAAAUGUCAAGUUUAUGAACCACAUGAAGCACCAUUUGGAACUUGAGAAGCAGAGGGGUGACAGCUGGGAAAACCACACCACCUGCCAGCACUGCCAUCGGCAGUUUCCCACUCCCUUCCAGCUGCAAUGUCACAUUGAAAGUGUACACACUACCCAGGAGCCCUCUGCUGUCUGUAAAAUUUGUGAAUUGUCGUUUGAAACAGAUCAGGUUCUCUUACAGCACAUGAAGGACAAUCAUAAACCUGGAGAAAUGCCCUAUGUGUGCCAGGUUUGCAAUUACAGAUCGUCGGCCUUUGCUGAUGUGGAAACACACUUCAGAACAUGCCAUGAAAACACUAAGAAUUUGCUUUGUCCGUUUUGUCUCAAAAUUUUCAAAACUGCAACACCAUACAUGUGUCACUAUAGAGGACACUGGGAAAAGAGCGUUCACCAGUGUUCCAAGUGCAGGCUACAGUUUUUAACUUUCAAGGAAAAAAUGGAGCACAAGACCCAGUGUCAUCAAAUGUUUAAGAAACCUGAGCAACUAGAAGGAUUGCCUCCUGAGACAAAGGUUGUUAUUCAGGUGUCACUGGAACCUCUUCAACCAGGAUCAGUGGAAGUAGCAUCCGUUACUGUGAGCACAUCUGAAACUGAACCAUCACCCCCUAGAUCUAAGGUUAGAAUUUCAAAAAACCCCCGUUAAUUUAGUUUCAGUAAAUCCAAAGCAAGUAUUUCAAUCAAAGUAAAAAACUCAUAAAAA